UUCCAGCUCGUGUGCGGAACAGCGGCUUGGUGGUGUGCAGUGGCGGCGAACACAGCAGAAAACAAGGAACAGGCAUUUUAUUUUAUUUUAGAGCGAACGACCCCCGAGUGCUGCCACGACACACGAGCCACAAGGCGCAGGUGUGACUAGCGAGGCCGGGAAGGAACGUUUUAUGGACUCGUGAGGUGAAGGUUGAGCUGGGCAGAUCUGGCUAGGUGGCAGUGCGGCGCGCGACCCGGAGAGAGCAACUCCCAGCACCCAUAGCAACAAGUGUCUCUUCUUCGUCUGCUGUCGCUGUAAUGGUUUCCCGGACGCAGCAACAACAGCAGCAACAGGGUGGUGGUGGUGGUAACAACGGGUGGUCACUGAGGUGGUUCGUGGUGGUAGUAGUAUCGUUGGUGCUGGUGGCACGAGUCCAGCCUUAUCCAGGAUACGGCGAGAGACUCCGUAGUGUGAGGAGGUACCAAGCACAGCAACGGGCCCUUCAUGACGAUACUCACACCCCAUAUAAUGAUUACUUGCAAGGUGAUGAAGGUGAACUUGACUACUCCCAGUUCUACGAUUAUGACAGUGUGUUGCCCCGAAGAGAUCCAGAUGGCUAUCAUUUUGACCAGCCAGAAGACAGCAAUAAAAACCUGCAGCAGAUCUUACGGUCGUUUCGUCCUGUCGUAGGAGGAACGUCGCCGUCAGAUCGUGUCAUGCCCUGGGGAGAGUUGGAUCAGGAGGCGGCGAUCGACGACCCAACCCAGGGAGGUGGACGAGAGGCUGAUGCUGGCGGUCUGCCCUCCAGGACUCAACUCACCCAACUCACCUUGAACGAACCCAAGCAGAAGAGAGUAAUGUGUCACUUUAAGAUCUGCAACUUGGGUCGUCGUCGCCGUGCCAGACAGUCCAGCCCACUGCAGGGUUGGCUCUCCUAACAACAUACCUCACACACCUCUGACACCCUCUACCUGGCCCACACCACCACCAUCAUCUAACGUUGCUUAAGUAAUCAACUACUUCUUAAGCAAUACGUGGCCUGAUACUACUAUACUACCAUACUACGAUAUGCUACCAAAGAACCGUCUUUAAUCCAUCUCUCUCGUCUCUUAUGAUCUCAUGUCCUCAAAUAACUCCCCUUUGGUCACACAACAGUAACAGUUCUUUUUUAUACCAUCUAGUAGUACUCAUGUAUCACGCUGCUGGUAACACAACACUGGUAACACACCACUGGUAACACUUCACUGGUAAUGCAACACUGGUAACGCAACACUGGUACCACAGUGCUGGGAACACACCACUGGUAACAACACUGGCAACUCUACAUUGGUAAGACAACGCUGGUAACGUAACACUGGUAACACAACACUAGUAACACUACACAGGUAACACACUGCUGUUAAUACUACACUGGUAACGCAACACUGGUAACACACUGCUGGUAACACGCCACAUGUAACAUACAGCUGGUGAUAAACUAAGGUGUAAUAAUGAGUAUAAAAAAAGUCUCGUCCACCCCCCCCUUACCCCUCCUCCCCCCCCCUACUUUUGACCACUUCAGAUAAAGACUAAAACCCAGUAGUGUCAUCCUUAGGCACUAACACUGGCACUUAACAGUUCAACAUAAUAUCUACAGCAACUUCUCCCACCAAGGCUAAGAAACACGUUGCCUAUAAUGUAAACAGUCGGAGAUGGAGAGAUCAGUUUCCAUGAUGGUAAAAUCCCAAACGAGUAAAAAUAUCCCAAUGUUUAAAUGUUGAUGAGAUGAAAUAUACCAUGUCGAAGCUCCAAAAACAAUACAAAUUCUUUAAAGUAAAAAAAAUAUACCUUUGAUGUAGGUUAAUAUUGGUCAAGAUCAUAACAGUUGGUAAGUCUCACAAUGCAAAGUCAAGGAUAACAAAGAGUGUGGUGUGGUGGGGCUGUGACCCGCCCAACUCUCUCUCUCCACUAGGUACCAUCCUUCUCCUCCACAUACUUCGUUACUUGAGUGGUCCCUAUCACUUGAGUGUUAGGUUGAAUGUUGGUCCACUGUCACUUUCCAUACCCUCCCCGUCCAUCCUCUCUCACACACGUCUUUAUAUAUACGUGUCUCAUACACUAGACGGAUUUAACUGCAUAAUUUUUUUCAGUAGCACCAAAUGCCUACCGUCACAGAACCAGCGUUUGACAUGAACUAUAUAAUUUCAGUGUAAUUUGCUGAGUCAUAUGUUUACCUGUAUGAGGUUAUUUGUAUUAAACUCUAAGUUACUCAAUAAUGUCGACCUCGUGACCUUGGCGAGGCUGGCCUUGUGUCACACGACUGCUGCAGUAAUAAACACUACUUCUCUGGCCAGGGUGAGAAACACUACUUGUGCUGGCCAGGGUGAGAAACACUACUUGUACUGUCCAGGGUGAGAAACACUACUUGUGCUGUCCAGGGUGAGAAACACUACUUGUGCUGGCCAGGGUGAGAAACACUACUUGUGCUGGCCAGGGUGAGAAACACGACUUGUGCUGGCCAGGGUGAGAAACACGACUUGUGCUGGCCAGGGUGAGAAGCAUUAUUUGUAGUCUUGUACAGUUGCCUGACAUUCAGUACAGGUUUGUUGCCUUGUGUCCUGAGACUUCAACAUCCUGCUCCUGGGCUGAACAACCCUUACAAGAUAAUUAUAACUCCGAUUAACUUUUCCCAAAAACCGUAAAGCUUUGAUCCUGUGGCUACUGUACUCUCUCUUUCACGCCUACACAAGAAAGCAAGACGAGGGGUGAUCCUCGGCGGGUCUAACUCGGGGUGUGUAGAUGCUGCUCUCACAAUUCCUAUAAAACUGGUUGGAGGUCAAAUAGACCGUGGCCCAAAUAGCUUCCACCUUAAGCUAACUUAACCUAAGCUAACUUAAUCUUGCAUAACCCCUGGGGGUUGGGUCACUGUUUGGACUGGGGUCCAUUAGACCCCACACCGAACAAAAAUACUAUUUUUAGACGUACCCAAUGACUGUCAUGACUUGGUAAGGAAUGGUUGUCAACAAUAAUGCUCAUGACACCUCGUGACCUGACCAGUGAUGAUUGUUAUUAGUUUGUUGUGUUAGUAAUGACCUCUUUCAAGAAUCUUAUUUUCACGACUUCUCAAUCCAUAAGAAAAACCGAGGAAGGUUGUCACUACGAGAAGAUAUGUGUCACAGUAUCAUCUUGUACUGAAGAGUCAUCAACUUACUAUUACCCGAAUAUUUCGUCAUGAACUUUACACACUUUAUGGUUUCUCUCCUCUUCAAUUUUUAAUAAUUAAUAUAUAAAUAAUACUUUUGAAAGUUGAUGUUUCUCCCUCCUGUCUGUGUUCAUAACGUGGUGUAGUAAGGCCGCCCACCUCUCUCUCACUGAAUGUGGCCUCCCACUCUCCUCACUUAACCUUGUAUGUCUCACCUCGGCAAGAUCACCAGUAACUAUAUAUAUAUAUACUAAAAUAACCUGCCUACAUGGAGCCCUGUAGGAAAGGUAUAUAAUAUAGAUUAUAUGCUAUAUAAAGACUAUUGAAAGGCACACCAUAUAUGGUACAGCUGUAAUUAAUCAUCAAUACACUAGAGUACAGUAAGAGACACUGUACCAUCAUGAUAGUUAACUAUCCUUCAGUAAUAACACUAUGUUAAUAUCACCUACAUUAAUGGAAGAUUAACAUGUAUAUUUUCUUAAAUGAAUGAGACUAAAUAACUCAUUAAAUUACUGUACACAAUUAGUGAACAAUACUGUGUGUAUAUUCCUUCUAUAAUCACUAAAUGAAGGAUGUCAUACACCAUUAAUAUAUACACUGUCCCCAUUAUAAUACUAAUACAACUGUUUAGAUGAGGACUCGGUCAGGUGUAUAUGUGUGUGUGUUUCAUAUUAAUGUAUUCAAUAAACUUUAUUAAUCUUGUUACAAUAUGGAGGUAAAGGUACGAAACAAUUAUAGUCUGUAUUUUCUCUUGUAACCUGUUGUUCUGGUCACGAUACAUAACGUUCAGACAACUGCAUGUAUAUGUCCGUAUUACCAUCAUGUCGACAGUAAACGCGAAAUACAGGAAAAAAUAUGGAAAAAAAAAAGAACAGCUUGUGACUUUCCUUGUAGGCUAACUGUUGUGAUCAUAAUAUACCGUACACACACACACACACACACACACACACACACACACACACCAAUGAUGAACUUCUUUAACUAUUUUUGGAUGCGUAAAUAUUAUAUUAUUAAUUAAGAAGUAAGUCAGUAAGGAGGUGAGCCCUGGCCAUUACCUGACUCCCACCACAACGAGGUGACCAGUGUGUUGUUGUUGUUGUAAUUAGGAACAACUGUGCAUAGAUAAAGAGUUAACUAAUAAAGGAA